AUAAAGCUUUAUUGGCGGUGUGAUGACAACAGGGAAGCUCCGUCGAAAAGGUUGCGUGGAAGCGAAGAAGGUGAGGGAAGCGAGUCCUCGUCAACUCCAUCGUCUCCUCUCCUCUCAGCGUCCAAUUGACUCACCUUCCUUCCUAAAAUUCCGGUGGAUCAAUGGAGGCAGAACUCGGCUGCGGGAGGAGAUCGAGAUGGCAGAGGACCGAUUCUUUCCUCGCGAGCAUCGUCGUCGGGAGAUCCUACGGGUCCCGGCUCAUCCUCGGAUCGUCGCCCAUUGCCGCCGAGUGCGCCAGGUACGCGCGGAUCUCAAAAUCGUUUAGAUCGCCGGAGGAGCUCCCUCCGCCGCAGCCGCGGCGGAGCAAGGCCGGCGCUUGGAGGUUUCUGAGCCAGUAUUUCUCCGGUAAAAGGCUCCGUGAAUUGCCGAAUAUUGAUCAUGCGGACAAUAAUUAUUACGAGGAAGGAGAAGGCACGAGGGAAAUUCACAAGAACAAAGAUAGAAAGAAGAGAAGGGCUUCGUGGCUGCCAGACCCGGAAAGGCGGUGGCCGGUUCAAGGCUGGUAGACGGCCGGGAACAGAGAUGAUUAACUUGUUUGUGUGUAGAUUCCUCAGCCCAGAAUUGUUUCAAUUCGUCGUGAAUUAGAGAUUGUUCAGUCGAGCGAUUAGCGAAGAUCAUCAGAAGUUGCAGAAAUUCAAUAAUUUUGUUCUCCUGUUUUAGAUUUCUUAUUUCAUGUUUGUGUCUCUUUGGAAUCUGGAUUCGAUUUAUCUUUU